CUACAACAAAAGAAAAAUGGUGCAAAACCAAAUUGCUAUAAUGAGAAACCAAACAACUCUCUUCUUUCUUCUUCUCUUUGUAUUCAUCUCUUUGUCAUCUGUAUUUUCAACCAGAGUUUCUCUUACAAAGGGUUCUUCUUUAACUGUAAGAGAUGCUUCAAACACAGAUGAUUUUCUCACUUCCCCUGACAACACUUUCACCUGUGGAUUUUACAGUCUUGGAACCAAUGCUUAUUGGUUCUCAAUCUGGUUCACGAAUUCGAGUGAAAGAACUGUUGUUUGGACAGCCAACCGAGACAACCCCGUUAAUCGACGUGGUUCACGACUAACUCUAAGAAACAAUGGUGUGAUGGUGUUAACAGACUUUGAUGGCUCAACAGCUUGGGAAACAAAUACUACAAUAUCAGAUGUUGAUAGAGCUGAGCUUCUCGACACAGGAAACCUUGUUAUAAGGGAUUAUGGUGGUAAUAUUCUUUGGCAAAGCUUUGAUUUUCCUACUGAUACUUUGCUUCCUCAACAACUGUUUACAAAGGGUAAAACAUUGGUGUCUAGGAUUGGUCCACAGAUAUUUGGUUCUGGUUCUUUUGUUUUCUUUUUUGAUAGUGAUAAUCUUCUUAAAUUAAUAUAUGAUGGACCUGAAAUAUCCAGCCUUUAUUGGCCUAAUAUUGGUCGGAGUAUAUUUGAGAAUGGUAGAACUAGUUAUAAUAGUAGUAGGAUAGCAGUACUUGAUGAUAUGGGCACUUUUUCUUCAAGUGAUCAGCUACAAUUCAGUGCUUCGGAUUCAGAUAUUAGUAGUCAUGUAAGGAUUAGAAGACGGUUAACUUUGGAUUAUGAUGGAGUUGCGCGAGUUUCUAGCUUGAAUGAGUCGUCUGGAUUUUGGAAUGUAACAUGGCAAGCGGUUGCAAAACCAUGUGAAAUCCAUGGUGUUUGUGGUAGAAAUGGUAUUUGUGCUUAUACACCAGAACCCAGAUGUAGUUGUCCACCUAACUAUGAACCCACUAAUAUAAGUGAUUGGAGUCAAGGCUGCAAGCCGAUAUUCCAGAGGAGCUGCUCAGACUCGGAGUUUGUUGAGCUUUCCCAUGUUGAUUACUAUGGAUUUGAUCUCAAUUUCAGCCGACCUAUUUCUUAUGAAGAUUGUAGGCAACUUUGCUUGGGAGAUUGCCGUUGUCAGGGAUUCAGCUAUAGACUUACUGGUGAAGCUGUGUGUUUCACAAAAAGUGCCCUUUUUAAUGGAUUCAGGUCUGUUGAUUUCCCAGGUAGCAUAUAUCUUCGAGUGCCAAGAAGUAGUGCACAGACGUUGCGUCCUAUACUCAAUGUGUCUCGUCUCGAUUGUGGGAUCAAUGGGCAAGGUAAAGCAGUUGUAUUGCCCAACACAUAUGAUACCACGAAUCAAAGGUUCAACUGGGUUUAUCUGUACUCGUUUGCUUCAGCCAUUGGUGUACUUGAAGUGGUCGUUUUAGUAGCAGGUUGGUGGUUUCUUUUCAGGAAGCAUGGUCUUUCAUCUUCAAUGGAAGAUGGAUACCGUGCAAUUUCUAAUCAGUUUAGGAGCUUUAGCUACAACGAGCUCAGGAGUGCAACGGGGAAAUUCAAGGAAGUUGCCGGACAGGGAGGCUUUGGUUCUGUUUACAAGGGUGUUCUGACAGAUGAAAGAGUGGUUGCUGUGAAGAAAUUAGGAGAUGUAGUACAAGGAGAGGAAGAAUUUUGGGCAGAAGUGAGUACAAUAGGCAAAAUCAACCAUAUGAAUUUAGCAAGAAUGUGGGGUUAUUGUUCCGAAAGAAAGCACAAACUAUUGGUCUACGAGUAUGUGGAAAACGGAUCUUUAGACAAACACCUGUUCUUGAACAAGACCUUCCUUGGCUGGAAAGAAAGAUUCAAAGUUGCAAUGGGAACGGCGAAGGGCUUAGCUUACCUUCACCACGAGUGUCUAGAAUGGGUUAUUCAUUGUGAUGUUAAGCCUGAGAAUAUACUCUUGGAUGGGGAUUUUGAGCCUAAGAUAUCCGAUUUUGGCCUCGCAAAGUUAUGUCAAAGAGGGUAUCAUGGUUCAUCAGAGUUGAGCAGGAUCAGAGGCACAAAAGGUUAUAUGGCUCCUGAAUGGGCCAUGAAUCUUCCCAUUACUGCAAAGGUUGAUGUCUACGGUUAUGGCGUCAUGAUUCUAGAGAUCGUGAAGGGAAUUCGCCUAUCGAGUUGGGUGGUGGGUGAUAGUCAUGGCGUCGAGGAAGUACCUGGACUAAUAAAAUUUGUGAGAAUGGCUAAAGAGAAAAUGCAAAAUGGAGAAGAUUCAUGGGUAGAAGACUUGGCAGACCCAAGAUUGGAAGGAAAGUUCGACAGGAAUCAAGCUGCUAUGAUGAUCAAAGUUGGACUUUCGUGUGUGGAGGAUGAUAGAAGAAAAAGGCCAACCAUGGAAUCAGUUGUGCAAGUUCUUGCAGAAUGUGAAGAAGAACUACCAUUGCACAUAUCGGACACUACGUAACUCCACAUCCUCUUUGUGUACCAAAUUAUUUUCAGACUUUGAAUUGUUCAACUUUUAAUUAACCUGUAUAUAAGUUUUGGGUUGUGAGUAUUUUUCCUAACUUUUGUUCGACAGAAAUAAUGUUAAAGCUAUGACGAUUAUUGAUUGAUGUAA